GCCGCUGUGUGCUGGCGGUCUCCGGUUGCUGCUGCUGCGUCUACCAAUCAUUGCUCCUUCAAUGACUCGUACCGACUCCGUACUUCUUCACUUUCCUCUCCCUCCUCCGGCAGUAUUCAGCGAGCUACAUGCUGUUAAUGUGAUUGACCAGGAAACAGGAUCUUCUUCCUGAUUAACUAAACUUGAAGCCUGCACAUUAACGGAGUGCGUGGGAGCAUCAUGUGGAGGAAGGCUUCUGUAGCGGCCCUGCUGGCGAUAGCUGUCGGCUAUUUGUACCACGGCAGUCCAGAGCUGCCGGAGCAGAUUCUGCAGUAUAUCAGCCUGCCAAACUUUCAGCAGUCAUCACAGAGCCAGGACAGUCAGAAAAGCCUGGAGGAGGUGAUCUCCUCCUCCUGGGAGACUCUGAUCACUCUGCCCAGCCGGCAGUGGAGCAAAGUGGCUGUGGGGGUGAAUGCCUGUGUGGAUGUGGUGGUCUCAGGAGUGGGUCUGCUUCAGGCUAUGGCUGUGGAUCCUGGCGUCGGCCUAGACCAUGAAGUGUUGCACUCCAAAGAGGACUUGAAGGAAGCGUUCAUCCAUUACAUGGAGCGAGGAGCAGCAGCCGAGCGCUUCUUCAGCGACAAGGAGGUGUUUCAGUGGAUCGCACGUGCAGCAGCAGAGUACCCCGGGGCAAAGCUGUACGUAGGAGGGAACGCUGCUCUCAUUGGUCAGAAGCUCGCCACGUAUCCCGAUCUGAUUGUUUUGUUAUGCGGGCCAGUCGGUCCUAAACUUCACGAAAUGCUGGAUGAGCAGAUAAUUGUUCCCCCAGAGUCUCUCCAGGAGACGGAUGAAUAUCACCUCAUCCUGGAGUAUAAAGCAGGGGAAACUUGGGGUUCGAGUCAGGCACCUCAAGCAAACCGCUUCAUCUUCUCUCAUGACGUGUCCAACGGGGGGAUGAGCUCGCUGGAGACAUUCGUGGCGAGCUUGGAGGACUUUGAGCCCGAGCUGGUUGUCCUGUCCGGGCUCCACAUGAUGGAGGGUCAGGGCAGAGAGCUGUGGGAGGAGCGGCUGAAGGAGGCUGUGUCGGCCAUACUUGACAUCCGUAGAGAUAUUCCCAUCCACCUGGAGCUGGCGAGCAUGACUGACAGAGACUACAUGAACAGCAUCAUGCAGGAGCAGGUUAUGCCCAUUGUCAGCUCCAUCGGGCUGAACGAGCAGGAGCUGCUCUUCCUCUCUCAGGCCGAUGAGGGGCCUCAUGCAGACUUGGCCGCCUGGAAAGGCAUCCCAGACGUGGGCCGGGUCAGCGACAUCCUCCUCUGGGUCCUGGAGCAGCACGGCCGCAGCGACCCUCUUUCGGAAGCCGACCUGACUCGCAUUCACUUCCACACGCUCGCCUACCACAUCCUAGCCACAGUGGACGGGUACUGGGGGAACCAGGCGGCGGCGGUGACAGCCGGAGCUCGAGUCGCGAGCAGUCAGGCCUGUGGACUCCAGGCUGUGGAUGUUAGCAAAGUGGAGCUAAAGGCACCGCUGGAGUUUUACAGUUCACACACUGAGCCGCGACAGAAGCUGGCACUGAACCCAGCACAGCCGGUGACUGUGUGGCGCAGAGGAAACGUCACCUUCCACAUGACGCCGGUGCUGGUCUGCAAACAGCCUCUGAGGACAGUCGGGCUCGGGGACGCUAUCUCAGCAGAGGGACUAGUUUACUCUGAGCUAAAAGACGAGCAGCCUUUCUAAACUCUGCUCGAAGCUGACACUCCGUUUGUCUUGAAAAAGUAUGAUGGGAAGUUCUCCUGCUGCUCUAAUUGUUGGAUUUUUUUUCAGACCCGUGUGUCUCGAACCAGGUUUUGUGUCUUCCUUCCCGAAGCUUCACUGAGUUAAAGAAUGUGAUGAUGAAUGGUGAUAGUUUUAAAAUCCUGCCUGACGAGUCCUCCAUCCGGCUCUGCUCUCCUCUCUUCUCGCUCCUCUGAUCCUCCAGCAGAAAGAAACUUAGGCAGAGCUUCUCCCACGUGGAUCUGACCAGACCGUGAGGCAGUUUGACUCUAUGCACUGGGCGCAGCUCAAAGACGAUUUCACAAACUUCAAAGAGUUUAGUUGGCCCCUCUUAUUUACCUUCACUCGCGUACCUUCAGUACACUGUGCCUUGAGAUAAUACUAGUCAUAGUUUAAUAUUUUAUUCAUACUUUAGAGCCAAAAAACAUCAAAUUAAGCAUCUCGUCAGUUACACUUCUACUAUAGAUACAAACACAUAUAAACAACUGUGUAGUCUGUAAACGGAUGACGUCUUACUAUAUCAUAGAAGCUAAGUGGUAUUCUCGGUGUUCCUUGUUUCUGGUGCAUUCAUGUCAAAUAGUCACUAGAUCACUUGAAGGCUCAUUCUCUCGUGGGUAUCUGACUUCUUAAUGUGUAAUAAUGGUUCUAUCUAGAUAGUCUUGUCUUUGUCCUUAUCUGUCCUGUGAGGAUAAAAACUAUAGAAGAGUUUUUACACUCCCAUUUUAAAGAUGCUAAAUUUUGAGGCUCUGCAAAGCUCAAACAAACACUCCUCAUGUGGUAUGCGUAGUCUUGGUGUUUGCUCUACCUUCUAAAUUCCUGAUCAAAUAAUGAAAUAUUAUGCUUAUAAAUGCAACGUUUAAAUUUGUUUUUGAAGGGGAUCCUUCUUUAUUCAGUAAAGCUCAAUAAACAAUAAUGUGUUGUUUUUUAACUAAAGGUUCUGUUGGUAAUUAAAUCUAAAAUGAACUUCUAAAUAAGGUUUAGGUCAGCUGUUAUCAGGGUUACUGUACUGCCUCGUUUACUUUGUUUUGUUGCUGUAACUAUAAAUGUUUCAUAAAAUGUAAUUAUAUAUCACUAUUGGCUUAAAUCCUUGAAAAAUGGCAAGUGUAACAAACUCCUGGUCAAACUUCUUAGUUUAUAUUCUAUUGCAUUGGUACAUUUCCCUUUUUUUCCAUUGCUUUUUAUUUUGGUUGUUGCUUUUUUUUUUGUUUUUUUUACCUUACUUGGUAAAGCCUGUUAGAUGUACAGUACGUAACUGUCACAACAGUUUAUUUGUAUACCUCACAUGGCCCCUGAAGGCAUGCAAUAAUAAUGAGUCUUAAUGCAAACAUACAACUACAAGAUGUAUGGAAUUUCGUUUAGCAGAAUUAAUUCUUUGCACUAGUAGGAAGCUGCAGGUGAGGAGCCUGCAAAGGUGAAUGUAACCUUAACUCCCAAACCCCGUGUUAUUUCUAGCAAGUACAAUCUUCACGCCUUUCUUCAUUUCAUAGUUUUUGUCUUGUGUUUUUAACAUGUCAACAACUUUAAUGUACUUUAAGUUAGUCAUUAAAGUAUGUAUUGAGAGAAGAA